CCCCACCGCCUGCACCUUCAAAAAAAAAAAAAAAAAAAACCCUACCUUAAAAAGGCUCACUAAUUCCUUCCAAAUCUUCCAUGGAAAAAGAAACCCGACUGUAUACCUUCGCCUGCCCUUGAUUAUUGCUUUCGUCACCUGCAUUCCCUUCUCGAAAGUUUCUUCAGUUUUGAAAGUCUGCAUUGUGCCAACUCUCACCAGAAGAAAUGGGUAGUUCAUUUAAUCCACAGAUUUUAGUGGACAAGCUUGCUAAGCUCAAUAGUUCACAGGCGAGCAUAGAGACCCUGUCACACUGGUGUAUUUUCCACAUGAAUAAAGCAAAACAAGUUGUUGAAACUUGGGCCAGACAAUUUCAUUGUGCACCACGUGAACAGAGAUUGGCCUUUCUCUAUCUUGCGAAUGAUAUUUUGCAGAAUAGCAGAAGGAAAGGCUCAGAGUUUGUUGGUGAAUUUUGGAAGGUCCUUCCAGAUGCUCUUCGUGAUGUAAUUAAUAAUGGGGAUGAAUUUGGACGGAAUUCUGCUAUGCGAUUGAUAGGAAUUUGGGAAGAUAGGAAAGUUUUUGGUUCACGGGGGCAAAUACUCAAGGAAGAGAUUGUCGGAAGGCAGUCAGAUAAUAGCAAUAGAAAUGGAAAGCACAUUGGCUUGAAGCUGAAGCCACCUGUUGGGAAUAGAGUGGACAAAAUAUUUUCAGGUUAUCAAGUUGUUUAUGGUGGCCAGGUGGACGAAGAUAUUGUAUUAAGCAAAUGUAGGAAUGCUAUCAGCUGUCUUGAGAAAGUAAAUAAGGAAAUUGGUUCUGAUGUCAAUUCAGGGCAAUUCCAUGGAUCUGAGCUUAUAGAGGAGGUGCAGGGACAGCAUGCUAUAAUAAGAGACUGUAUUGGACAACUAACAGCACUUGAAUCUUCAAGAGCUAGCCUCGUGGUGCAUCUUAGAGAGGCACUCCAGGAAGAGGAGUUCAAGCUGGAACAAGUCCGGAUCCAACUUAAGGCUGCUCUUUCCCAAUCAGAAUUGGUUGAUAACAUCUGCAGACGGUUACUAAAUAGUGACGAUCACCUGUCAGUGCCUGAGCAAAGCUCAAAGGAAACACACACAUCGAUGGCACCUCAAAGCUUUGUCCCAGUAGAUAAGGAGCAAUCAGCUUCUGUUAUGUACUCUGGUCCCAUUGAAGAAGAUCCUCGGAAAUCUGCAGCUGCUGCAGUGGCAGCAAAACUAACUGCUUCAACAUCAUCAGCCCAGAUGCUCUCUUAUGUGCUCUCCUCACUGGCAUCAGAGGGUGUCAUUGGAAAUUCUAUGAAAGAACCCUCUAGUGAUUUUCCUUCUGAAAAGAGGCAUAAGCUUGACAGUGACCAGCCUUACAUGCCAUCCCAGAAUCACCAACAACCUUCAGUUCAUUCAUUUCCACAUCCUGAUUCUCAGCAACCUAGUGUUACAACUACCAGCCAACAAUUAACUCCAAAUGAGGUGCCACCGCCUCCAUCUUCUUCUCCGCCACCACUGCCUCCAUUACCACCUAUGAUGCCGUACCCAGGGCCCCCAUAUGUACCAACUGCAGGAUUAGUAAACGGUGUAUCAUACAGCUUUAAUAUGACACAACAGCAGCUACCCUCCUUGCCUGGUUUCCCAGCUGUUGGGGAUCCUGCAACGGGCAUUUCUUCCUAUACUGCCUCACAAACAAAUUCUUAUGAGAGUUUCCAAGUUUCUGAAGGUUUCUACAGCCAGCAGUCAUCCAUGCCAGCAGUCCCAAUUUCUCGACAAUAGGAUUUCAGAACAUUAAUUGUAGCUCUGAACAGAAGUAGUUUUUAUUUAUAUUUUGGUUAAUAUUUCACAAAUGAUUGAUGCCCUGCACCAGAACCUGUUUUGUUUAGAUGGCUCCUGAAGCCUACAUGCUCUGUGCACUUAGUGAAUGCUUAUAUCAGUGUAUUAAUGCCUAGUUUAAUUAGUUUAUGGGGUUAAAACUACUAAUCACAUCACUGAAUUGGAGAUGUGGGUUGAAAUUAGCUCGACAAGUGAUCAUAAUUCAUUCAUUUUGUAUCUGAUGGAUUUCUUUCAUCUUUUCCUUUAUUAGCUUAUCAUUAAAUUCUAAAAAUUAUU